AUGGCGAUCAAACAGCUCUUUCAGAAGAACCCUCCGACUCCUCGGCGGGGAGACUCUGUACGGUCUUCCUUCACUCAGAAUGGAGACACCGUCGACGUCGAGACAGAAAAGGGUCCCUUUGACGAUGAAUCUAAGGUGCCGUUCCUGACUGUGAGGACCUUUUUCAUGGCCGUCUUGGUCUCGUUCGGAGGCCUCUGCUUUGGUUAUGACACUGGGCAAAUCUCCGGUUUCCUCGAGAUGAAGGAUUUCCUUCGUAACUUUGCCGACCAGAGAAACCCCCUAGGCUUCAGCAAUGUUCGAUCUGGCUUGAUUGUUGGCAUGUUGUCUAUCGGCACUCUGGUAGGGGCGCUGGUCUCCGGUCCCAUUGCCAAUAUUCCGGCCAUUGGUCGUAAAUAUUCGAUUGUCUUCUGGACGAUCAUCUUUUGCGUCGGCGUCGCUGUCCAAAUUGGCUCCAGCUCAGGUCAUUGGUAUGAAGUUAUGGUUGGCCGUAUCAUCGCUGGACUGGCCAUUGGAGGUCUUUCAGUAAUGGUACCGGCAUAUCAAGGAGAAAGUAGCCCUCGCCACGUGCGCGGAGCUAUUGUAUGCUGUUACCAGCUUUUCAUUACCAUUGGGAUCCUCAUUGCCAACUUGAUCAACUUUGGAACGGAAAGCAUCAACAACACAGCGUCGUGGCGGAUUCCCAUGGGCAUCGGCUUCUUGUUCGCGAUAAUCUUGGGGAUUGGUAUCCUGUUCUUCCCAGAAACUCCUCGUCAUGACUACCGCAAUGGUAGGAUUGAUCCCGCCACCACAAGCAUCGCCAAAUUCCAUGGGGUGUCUGAAAGGCACCGGGUGGUCAAAGAGCAACUGGUUGAGAUGCAAGAAAAGCUCCAGAUGGAAAUCGAGGGCGGAGAACAUCCGAUCUGGGAGAUCUUCACAGGUCCCAGGAUGCUCUACAGGGUCAUCUUAGGAUGUAUUAUUCAGGCCUUGCAGCAACUUACUGGUGCCAACUACUUCUUCUAUUAUGGGACGACGGUCUUUGCGUCCGUGGGUCUCUCGAACUCUUAUGUCACUCAGAUUAUUCUUGGCGCUGUCAAUGUUGGCACAACUUUCCCCGGUCUCUACUUCGUUGAAAAGUUCGGGCGUCGGAAAUGUCUCAUGAUCGGUGCGGCGUGGAUGUUUAUGUGUUUCAUGAUCUUUGCCUCACUGGGACAAUUUGCUCUUCAGAAUGACGAUGGCACGAAUAACCAGACGAUCGGUUAUGUGAUGAUCAUCUUCUCUUGUCUCUUUAUUGCGGCAUUUGCCUCCACAUGGGGUCCGAUGGCUUGGGCUGUGACGGCUGAGAUCUACCCCUCUCGAUAUCGCUCGCAGUGCAUUGCUCUCUGCGCCGCCAGCAACUGGCUUUUCAACUUCCUCAUCGCCUUCUUCACGCCCUUCAUCACGGGCGACAUCCGAUACGCGUAUGGAUAUGUCUUUGCCGGAUGCAAUCUAUUUGCUGUUUUCUUUGUCUACUUCUGCUUGCCCGAGACGUCAGGUCGGUCAUUGGAAGAGAUCGAUACCAUGUUCCUCCUCGAGGUCAAGCCCUGGCAGAGCAGCAAAUGGACACCGCCAAAGGGCGAGGAACUCAUCACCGCGGACAAGUUGCGUCUACAGAGUGGUGGGAAACAGAUCAGCAAGAAGGCAGAGGCGAGGGGUGGCGAGGCUGAACAGAAGGAGGACUUGGUACCCACGGGUAGCGAGGAGUUGCCUUAUGUACCAAUUGUGUCCGGCAGCGAACACCAGAUGGGUGCUGGCGUGCGAGGAGAUUCGUACGUUGGUCAGAGGUAG